AUGACUCGAUUGCUUUCAUCAGGCUCACCGGAGCCAAAAAAUACUGGGAGUCCCCCCACUUCAAUCGUCGGCUCUGAGGACGACGAUUGGUAUUCUCAGACCGAUGGAUCUGACGAUGAUGGCAAGGCUACCUUCCUGGAUGAAUGCAGUGAUGGAGAGGAGACUCAGGGACAAAGGGCAAAGGAACGGGUCAAAGAGCGGCCCUUGGGAGGAGUCAGAUCUGUGAAGUCCCUGAACCCUGAGUAUCUCACAGAGUCGAUGGAAAGAAUGAUAGAAUGUAUGACAGAAUUGGAUGUACGGGUGCAAUCUAACGCAGACUCGCUCACGGGCCAGGUUCUAUGGAAUCAGAAAAUGCAGCGAAAGUUUGGUGCCAUGGACACGUUGAGAAAAGAAGUGGCUGCAUUGAGGAAGCAAGUGGAGGUUUUAUCGAGCAGGGAUGCAGUCAUAGACCGAGAGACCGUGGGUUCGAAGCGUCAAAAGCAGUGA